AUGGUGGCAGCUCGUGUUAGGAACUUUUUGUCUAAAGUUAUAAAGUACAUAAAAUCUGUUGGGUAUCGUUCAGUGCCUGGCAUACGACCAGAACUGAAUAGACGGAGGGCGCGCUAUUCUGUUCGCUACUCCGCCCCGCACAAAGCGCAGCCGCUGGCGUUCGAAGUGCCGGUGACGACGGAGAGCCUGAUCCGGCGGCACCCGCCGCGCCGCCUCAAGCGCCUCGAGGACCAGCAGCUGCCCCUCACCCACCAGCUGCUCGACGAGAAGCAGGCCGAGGCCGAGCAGCGCCGCCACCAGAUACUGACCCAGCGUGUGCAGUCGGCGCAACAAAGAUAUCCCAAGAGAAACUUUCAAGGAUACUAAGCACCAUGGGUACAGCUUCCGUGAGAUGCUUCCGUGACGUGUCGUUCUGCUUAGGACAAGACACCUGGCGAACACUUCGACGGCCACGGUUUUCUAGAUCAUGGCCUGAGAGAAUUUCUGAUCGAAGAAAAACCUGCCAAUUAUGUCUUGCUCUUUUCCUUAGGUUCAAGUUAUACACAGAAAAACUAUUACUAUUUUUCUUAAAAAAGCAAGGUGAGAUAUCUUAAGUAGUUAUUUUAGAAUACCUGUUUGAAGAAUGUACGUCUCUUUUGUUUAAAGAUAAUUUUAACCAGAAUACGUGAGUGGAACGAACCCUACACAUACUUCUGUAUUUAAGCUUUUUAUAAACUUUGUGAAAAGUGUGAAGCAAACUUACUCUACAAAGAAAUGCUGCAGUGCUAAAUUCAAGAUUGUAUUCACGAUUUCAAUCUGUUAGUGAAAGAAC